UGGUUCCGCGGGGGGCGGUGACAGCGCGGGGGGAGCACGGCCCCUUUAAGAGCGGCGCCGCCAUGAUCUGCCUGGUGCUGGGGAUCUUCGCCGGCCUCUUCCACAGCGCCUUCGGCGGGGUCAAUGAACGAACCUUCGUGGCCAUCAAACCGGACGGGGUCCAGCGGCGCCUGGUCGGGGAGAUCAUCCGGCGCUUCGAGAGGAAGGGGCUGCAGCUGGUGGGGAUGAAGCUGCUGCAGGCCUCGGAGGAGCUGCUGAAGGAACACUACAUCGCCCUGCGGGACCGUCCCUUCUACGGCCGCCUGGUGAAGUACAUGAGCUCCGGGCCCAUCGUGGCCAUGGUCUGGCAGGGCCUGGAUGUGGUGAAGACAGUUCGCACCAUGAUUGGGGAGACCAAUCCUGCUGAAUCCAGGCCUGGCACCAUCCGAGGAGACUUCUGUGUUGAAGUCAGCAAGAACGUGAUCCACGGCAGUGACUCGGUGGAGAGCGCCCAGCAGGAGAUCUCGCUCUGGUUCCGCCCCGAGGAGCUGCCGUGCUGGGAGGACACGGCUGCACACUGGAUCUACGAGUGAGCAGCAAGCCCAGGGGAAGCUCAUCUUCCUGCUGGGACACAGCACACUUCCAUCCAUUUCAUGGCAGCUGCUGGGGCUGCCUGCAGAUCCUCUGUGGGAUUCCUCUUCUGCCUGUGGGAUCCUGGGAGCUGGGCUGUGUGUGGAACUCUGGUUCAGCUCCUGCCAAGGGGAGCUCUUUGUUUUUUUCUCUCUCUGCUCUAGUAAGUAGUUGGUAUUGUUGCUCUGUUUGCUGCAGCAUCUUAAAUCUCAAGUAGCUCAAGCUGAUUAAUUGAAGCAAAACUUGGGCUCUUGGCCCAUUCCUGGGUGUUCUCAUCCCUGCCUGGAGCAGGAGAAUGCGUUGUUCUUGCUGCUGGGAGAGGUGCUGGUCACAAGGUGAUGGGCUUGACAAUUUACCUGCAUUUCUAGAAGGCUUUUCACCAAAGGCUCUUAAAGAUUUGGGCUGCUGUAGGAUAAGGGAGCAAAUUCUAAUUUUGGAGUUCAUUCCAAGACAAGGAAUGAAGGAUGGGACAAUUCUGUCUCCCUUAGUGGGAGCCCUGGGUGCUGGGGCUGGCAAAAGCUCACCCAGUUUCAGACUGGGUGAUGAGUGAGUUUGUGGAAGGAAGAGUCUCCAAAUGCUGCUAGAUGCACAAUUCCUCAGGCUCUGCCUCCUGGGCUGUGGCUGCUGGGGGUGGCAGGCAGCUCCUUCAGGC